AUGCGCUCCAUGAAGGCUCUGCAGAAGGCGCUGAGCAGGGCCGGCAGUCACUGCUGGAGGGGAGACUGGGGUCACCUGAGCCGGAGCCCCCUCCUGGGCGGGGGCGUCCGGCACCACCUCAGUGAGGCCGCGGCGCAGGGCAGGGAGACGCCGCACAGCCACCAGCCGCAGCACCAGGCUCAUGAUUCGUCAGAGAGUGGCAUGCUGUCUCGCUUGGGUGACCUGCUCUUCUACACUAUUGCUGAGGGACAGGAACGAAUCCCUAUCCACAAGUUCACUACUGCACUGAAGGCUACUGGACUGCAGACGUCAGAUCCCCGGCUCCGGGACUGCAUGAGCCAGAUGCGCCGCAUGGUUCGAGAGUCCAGCAGUGGCGGCCUCUUGGACCGAGAUCUCUUCCAAAAGUGUGUGAGCAGCAACAUUGUGCUCCUGACCCAGGCAUUCCGAAAGAAGUUUGUCAUUCCUGAUUUUGAGGAGUUCACGGGCCAUGUGGAUCGCAUCUUUGAGGAUGCCGGAGAGUUCACUGGAGGCAAAGUGGCAGCCUACAUCCCUCAGCUGGCCAAGUCAAAUCCAGACCUGUGGGGCGUCUCCCUGUGUACUGUGGAUGGUCAGCGGCACUCCGUGGGCCACACAAAGAUCCCCUUCUGCCUGCAAUCCUGCGUCAAGCCCCUCACCUAUGCCAUCUCUGUAAGCACCCUAGGCACUGACUACGUGCACACGUUUGUGGGCAAGGAGCCCAGUGGCCUGCGCUACAACAAGCUCUCCCUCAACGAGGAAGGAAUCCCCCAUAACCCCAUGGUCAAUGCUGGCGCCAUUGUUGUGAGCUCCCUGAUCAAGAUGGACUGUAACAAAGCAGAGAAGUUUGAUUUUGUAUUGCAGUAUCUGAACAAAAUGGCUGGAAAUGAAUUCGUGGGUUUCAGCAAUGCCACAUUCCAGUCAGAGAAGGAAACGGGGGAUCGGAAUUAUGCCAUCGGCUAUUAUCUAAAGGAAAAGAAGUGCUUCCCAAAGGGGGUGGACAUGAUGGCUGCCCUGGAUCUCUACUUCCAGCUGUGCUCCGUGGAGGUAACCUGUGAAUCAGGCAGUGUCAUGGCAGCCACCCUGGCCAAUGGUGGGAUCUGCCCCAUCACAGGAGAGAGCGUGCUGAGCGCUGAAGCAGUGCGCAACACCCUCAGCCUCAUGCACUCCUGCGGCAUGUAUGACUUCUCAGGCCAGUUUGCCUUCCACGUGGGCCUGCCAGCCAAGUCAGCUGUGUCAGGAGCCAUCCUCCUGGUGGUACCCAAUGUCAUGGGAAUGAUGUGUCUCUCCCCUCCACUGGACAAGCUGGGGAACAGCCACAGGGGCAUCAGUUUCUGCCAGAAGUUGGUGUCUCUCUUCAAUUUCCACAACUAUGACAACCUGAGACACUGUGCGCGAAAGUUAGACCCGCGGCGUGAAGGGGGAGAAGUAAGGAACAAGACUGUGGUAAACCUGUUAUUUGCUGCCUAUAGUGGAGAUGUCUCAGCUCUUCGAAGGUUUGCCUUGUCAGCCAUGGACAUGGAACAGAAAGACUAUGACUCCCGCACAGCCCUGCAUGUUGCUGCAGCUGAAGGACACAUUGAAGUUGUUAAAUUUCUGAUUGAGGCUUGCAAAGUGAAUCCUUUUGUCAAGGACAGGUGGGGCAACAUUCCCCUGGACGAUGCUGUGCAGUUCAAUCACCUGGAGGUAGUGAAACUGCUUCAAGAUUACCAGGACUCCUACACACCGUAUGAGAACCAGGCUGAAGUGGCAGCUGAGGCUCUGUCUAAAGAGAACUUAGAGAGCAUGGUGUGAGCAUGGAGCACACAUGGUCCC